CUUGUUCUUCAUGCAGCAAAGCACUUCACUUACACACUAGUUCUUACUCUUUGGAUUGUGUGGCUGACCCCCCGUCAUUCUGGUCGCAAUCCCAACUUCAUGCUGUUCGCUCCCCUCCUGGCCUGCGUUGUAGGGCCCUCCUUCGCCGGCUCUGUGGCCGCCAGCAAUGUUUCAACUUCCGACACCACGCCACUCGAUCAGAUCAUCCAACGCAAUGCGCUGAUUGAGUCAUACCUGGGACAUCGGCCCAUACGAGGGGUCAGGAAGAUGACCGAGGACGAAGGGGAGAAGUUCUAUCUGGAUUACUGGCAGUUUGACGACGACGACAACUACACAACCGGCAACAACUACUCGUUCAACACCUCCGAUGAGUUGAGUUCACCAGCCAGACGGUCGGAGAGCCUGCAAACAACCGAAGAAGUCGACUUCCAACCGCAGUCGUACCCCUUCCACGCCUCGUACUCGGGGGGAUUGGGAAGCGAGGGCGGGCGCGGAUGGGGAGCGGCGUUCUCACCGCUUCUUAGGCGGGACUUCCAAUGCCCGAGCGGCACCGCCAACUGCACGGCGAUCGACCGGCCCGACAGCUGCUGCAGCACGGACGAUACGUGCGUGCUGGUCAAGGACACCGGGUCCGGGGAUGUGGGCUGCUGUCCGAGGGGCAAGACCUGCUCGGGCACCAUCGGCGCCUGUGCCGACGGCUACUCCAGCUGUCCGUCGUCCCUGGGCGGGGGGUGCUGCAUUCCGGGGUAUGCAUGCGUGAGUGGUGGAUGUAUGCGCGUCUUCACCAUCACGGUGACCGUGAGCUCGACCGUCAUGCUGUCCACCUCGACGCAGACCGUCGCCGCCACCACCAAGACGCUCUCCACGGGCGAUCUGAUCCCGCCCGCCCGGCCUACGAGUGUUUCCACGGCCACCAGCUCCAGUACCAGCAAGACUACCGACUCUGCGACCGUGUCGGUCUGUCCGACGGGGUUCUAUGCCUGCUCGGCCUAUUACCAGGGCGGUUGCUGCCGUACAGGCCGCGACUGCGACUCGACCUCCUGUCCCGCGAUCCCCUCGACUACCCUCGCCAGUGACGGGGUCACCAUCGUGAUCCCGGAGGCCACGGCAACGGGGACUGCUACGACCACCACCAGCAGCAGCAGCAGCAGCAGCAGCAGCACGGGCCGGUGCGCGAGUGGGUGGUUCAGCUGCGCGGAUACGGUCGGUGGUGGUUGCUGUCCGACGGGAUACCGGUGCGGCACCAGCUGUACGGCGGUGUCGACAGCCACGGAGACGGUCUCGAAGGAGCAGCCGACGAGUGGGGGAAGUCAGACGGCGAAGAAAGUCGGAGGGAAGACAGGGGUGAGCAUUGUAGCAGUAGUGGUGGCAGGGCUUCUCAACAUGACAUGACGAAUAUGAGUAUAACGAAGAAUCACGACGGUUAAGUGCAAGCAGUUUUCUGGGCCCAUGCGGAUAAAGGUAAAAGUAAUGCAAGCGAUGCGGAUAAGCGAAACUCGAACCAUCCACCAACGGUGACAGGCGCGUAAAAAAGAGCCCCGUGGGGCGAGCGAGCGGGCACGUGCGGGGCGCAUUACUUUACCCGAUCGGGAGCAAUCCCGGUGAAGCCUGAGGAUUUAUGGAGGGAUUGAGGGCCUCCAGCCCCGACCCGCUCCGAUGCCGCCCUUGCAACUCCGACAGUCAACCUCCUCCACAACAACAACUCCUCUUUCUUCUCUUGUCUCUGCCCACCAUCCCUUCUUCUUCCUUUUCCUUUUCUUCUACUUUACCU